AUGGGACUAGAGGCUUGCAACCUGCUCAUGGCUUUUGAAGUUUUACGCAUGUCACAGUCUGCUGAUUCCGGAGGAAAGCUUGGUACGGACUAUGAUGACUAUCUGUUCUUACAACGUACGCUUGCAUCGGAAGCGGCCAUCGAAGAUCUGAUGAUGCAAGCCAAGAAGAAUAAGUACAACGUCACCGAACUGACCGAGACGAGACGACGCCACCCUCUCAACGCCUCAUAUGAAACUGGAAAAGAACUGUUCUCAGGAACAAGCGGCAGCAGAGGUAUUGAUGGAGUUGGGGUCCUCGUCAACACAAGCAUGAAAAAGAACAUCGACCCUUUCGAACAACUUACGACUCGAAUCGGACUUCUGCGGAUGAGAGGAUGUGGUCCAACACCAGUUUUGACUAUCUUCGUCGUUUACUCUCCAACAUCAAGCUGCGAAGAAGAAGUCGAAGCUUUUUAUAUGGACCUGGAGAAAUUCUACUGA